AAAAAUCGAAAAUUCUUGACCGGAUCGUAGGAUGAGUAAAGAGCUAUUUAGUAAAUCGGAAAUGUUACUCUCUUUUUUCAUGCUUCUCUUAUUUUUUCGUCGAUUAAAAAAGAGAAUAGGUCCAUUUUUACCAGGAGCAUGGAAUGACCUAGGAAGUUUUCAUUUUUUUGUGGAAAGCUUCCUUCCUCAGUUUUAUGUUUGCAUAAUUCUUUUAACAAUUCUUUGAAAACCUUUGCUCUUAACGUAGUUUACUAUUAAACUUACUAUGUAACUAUCAUACGUUAUCACACAAAUAUUAUAUUCUUCUCAGUCUUAAUAUAACUCCUGUGUUAGAGACUAUUUAAUUGGCAUAACAACGUUCUGAAGUGAUACUAUACUUAAAUACUUCAAAUAGAAUAUUAUUUAUGUGAACAAUAGAAUGUUUUACACUUUUAGGCUUUCAGCCGUUUGAAUAGAAAUUUAAUAGAAGCGUAUCUUUUUUAUUAAUUUCGGAGCAGUUCAAAGUAGCUAUAAUGGCCGCGUGUGUUCUCUCCCCCUCUCUAUUUCUUUCUUUUUCCCCAUCACUCUCUAUUGCUCUCUAUACAUGUUACACGUUUGUUAUUGCGCACGCAAACUCCGUUAUCAAUUAUAUUAUCAUUAUUUUCCGGUGUACACAUCACAUACAGGUUAAAAUCGUGCCCAAGUACAUAAAUAAAUGGCAACGUAGAUAAGAGAACAGUUUUGUUUAAAAAAUAAGUCAACCAUUAUAACCAAAGUGUUUCAAUAUGUCGGUUGGCAUUAAAAAAAUUAAAGUAAAGCCAGAAACUUGGUGGUCAAAUAGACAUGCAUUAUUUGUUAAAUUAGCAAUUGCUGCAUUUAUAUUAGUUGUUUUUCUCGACUUACCAACUCUCUGUCAAUCUCACGAUCACCAUGAUCAUCAUCAUCAUCAUACUGAUGAAUCACCAAGCUUCAAAUAUUCAAAACAAGCAAAUGAAAAUGUAGAAAAAUCACAUAAGCAUCAUCAUGACCAUGAUCAUGAGCAUCAUCACCAUGAACAUAAAGAUACUCCAAAAAAUAAUGAAGAAAAAAGUAGCGUAUUGUUGAAAGCAAUGGGUUCAACAUUAUUAAUAUCAGCAGCUCCAUUUGUGUUAUUAUUUUUUGUACCACUUGAUAAUAGUAAAGAACGUGAACCAUUGUUAAAAGUAUUGUUGAGUUUUGCAUCUGGUGGAUUACUUGGUGAUGCAUUCCUUCAUUUAAUACCACAUGCACUUGCUCCACAUUCACAUGGUGAUCAUGGCUCACACGAUGACCAUCAUCAUAGUCAUAAUCAUGGAGAAGAAGAGCAUUCACAUGGACAUGAUAUGUCUGUUGGAUUAUGUGUACUACUUGGAAUAAUUGUAUUUCUCAUUGUUGAAAAAGCAAUAAGACUGAUAAAAGGUGAUCAUGGACAUUCACAUUCUGUUAAACCAAAUGAUAAAAAUAAUAAAAAUUCAAAAACUAAUAAUAAAGAUAAUAAAAAAGAAGAAAUUGAAGAUAUUAAAAUAUCUGGUUAUUUAAAUCUUGCUGCUGAUUUUUUACAUAAUUUUACUGAUGGUUUGGCUAUUGGUGCUAGUUACCUUGCUGGUGAUGGUGUUGGAUACAUAACAACUUUUACUAUUUUACUUCAUGAAGUACCACAUGAAAUUGGUGAUUUUGCAAUUCUCAUUCAAAGUGGCUGCAGUAAAAAAAAGGCAAUAUGGCUUCAAUUAUCAACAGCAAUUGGAGCACUUUGUGGUACUUAUGUAGCACUUCUUGCUGAAGGAAUGGAUGCUGUUGUUACAAGCUGGAUACUUCCAUUUACUGCUGGUGGUUUUAUUUACAUUGCCACUGUCACAGUUAUUCCAGAGUUACUUAGUGAUACUAAAUUUUGGCAAUCUGUCAAAGAAGUCAUAGCUCUUCUACUAGGUGUUUACAUGAUGGUACUGAUUGCACAGUACGAAUAAAAAAAUAUAUUAAAAACAAUGAACUUCGAAGUAAUUGUGAAUAAAAUUUAAAUGAUAAAUCAAUUUAUUAAAUAUGUAUCACCCAGCGAUACAUGUUAAGAUUAUACAUCACGUUAAUAAGCUGAAAAGAAAAAACGCAUAUUUUUGUAAAAAUAUUAAUUUCUGUAAACAGUCAUCUCAUUUAGAGGCAACAGACUAUUUUUUUUCUGUAAUCAAUUAAUUUAAUUAUUUUUUUUUUUUUUUGAACUAGCAUAUAUAUAUAUAUAUUUUUUUUUUUUUGUCAAUUUACAAGACUAUUAAUAAUAAUAUGAAUUAUUUCCCUGAGAA